AGUACAAAAAUGGAGUCGAGCAAACAACAUACAUGCCCCCACUCCAUUAAUCUGAGCCGUUGAACUUCCAUUAUAGCUCAAAUCUGUUUGAUUCUACAACUUUGGGUUGAUUUUCAAUUUAUUCCUUUUUUCCUUUCAUUUUUAGAGUUUCGGUGAUGAGAUGAUGACUCAUUGCUUCAAGAAAGCAUAAAUGGAACAGAUUUGAUUGGGGAUACUUUUCGGACAUUCGUAUAUUUGCAUCCCGGUCAAACUUAAGUGAGAGAGAUGAAUGCCGCCGUGGGAAGGCAGAGGUCCGGUGCGGCGGCGGCGGCGCAUCAUCAGCGGCAGUACUCCGACAACUUUCUGGACACUUUGUCGAACGGCAAAUGGCUUCAAUCAGCUGGUCUUCAGCAUCUUCAGACCUCAAGCAACUCCGUUCAUCACUCACAGGGAUCCAGGGUGCAAAGUGGUCUUCAGAGGAGUGGAGGAAGUGGUGCUUUUGCUGAGCCGCUGACUCCGCCAGCCAAUCCUCGGCCGUCCGGCCAGAGGAAGAAUGGGAAUGAACCUAAUGAGUUCAGUCCGGGGCUCUUAGAUCUGUACUCAUUGGAUACUGAGCUUCUUCCCGAGAUGCCAGAUGCUGGGCAGUAUGGUGCUCCUUCUGUGCAUAAUUCUGCUCAAGGGAAAAGCUUUGAUGACUUGGAGUCAUAUUUUGUAAAUAAUAAGCAAACAGGAAGAGUUCGUGGCUUGGCAGAUAUGAAUGUAACAAAGAGCUUUGUUGCUGAUAAAGAAAAGUCUAGCAGUGUUGCGAAGAUCAAAGUAGUGGUGCGAAAACGACCAAUGAACAAAAAAGAAUUGGCAAAGAAUGAUGACGACAUCAUUGAAAUGCGUAGCAACUCAGUCGUAGUUCACGAGACAAAACUUAAGGUUGACUUGACACAAUAUGUUGAGAAUCACGAGUUUGUCUUUGAUGCAGUGUUGAACGAGGAGGUUUCAAAUGAUGAGGUAUAUCGUGAGACUGUGGAGCCAAUUGUUCCAAUAAUUUUUCAAAGCACAAAAGCCACUUGUUUUGCAUAUGGGCAAACAGGAAGUGGCAAGACAUUUACAAUGAAACCACUGCCUUUGAAGGCAUCAAGGGACAUUUUGAGUCUCAUGCACUAUACUUACCGGAACCAUGGCUUUCAAUUGUUUGUCAGCUUCUUUGAGAUAUAUCAAGGAAAACUCUUUGACCUUCUCAAUGAUCGGAAAAAACUUUGCAUGAGAGAGGAUGCUAAACAACAAGUAUGUAUAGUGGGCUUACUAGAGUACAGAGUCUCUGACGUGGAGAUGAUUAAAGAGCUCAUAGACAGAGGGAAUGCAACUAGGAGCACAGGAAUAACUGGUGCCAAUGAGGAAUCUUCAAGGUCACAUGCUAUACUUCAGCUUUCUAUCAAGAAGUCAGCUGAUGCGAGUGAAUCCAAACCUGCCCGACUUGUUGGAAAACUGUCUUUUAUAGACCUCGCAGGAAGUGAGCGUGGUGCAGACACUACUGACAAUGAUAAACAAACCAGAAUCGAAGGAGCAGAGAUCAAUAAAAGCUUGCUAGCACUGAAGGAAUGCAUUAGAGCUCUUGACAAUGAUCAAGGCCAUAUACCCUUUAGAGGCAGUAAGCUAACAGAAGUCCUGAGGGACUCGUUUGUUGGAAACAGUAGAACUGUAAUGAUAUCCUGCAUUUCGCCAAACUCUGGAUCCUGUGAACAUACACUCAACACAUUGAGAUAUGCUGACCGAGUGAAAAGUCUUUCAAAAGGGAACAACUCCAAGAAAGAUGUUUCCUCUUCAACAUUGAACUUGAGGGAGUCAACCAUGUUACCCUUGAACAUGGGAGUAGUACCUUCAUCUACAUAUGAAGAUGAUAUGGACAAUUCAUGGUUGGAAAGAACAAAGAAAGAUGACUAUGAAGAUGACUUUUAUGAACAAGACAAACCAAUAUCAAGAAAAAAUGUAAAAGUUGAGGCAUCUAGCAUUUCUAAUCCAGAAGAGAAAAGGAGGAGAAGCCGUGACCAACCUAAGAAAUGGAAGGAGUCACUAAGACCUGAGUCUAAGGCUCGGAAUGAUGAUGAUGAUUUAAAUUCACUCUUAAAAGAAGAAGAGGAUCUUGUUAAUGCUCAUAGGAGACAAGUAGAAGAAACUAUGGACAUUGUUAGACAGGAGAUGAAUCUUUUAGUGGAGGCGGAUCAACCAGGAAGCCGGGUAGAUGAUUACAUUUCUCGGUUGAACUCAAUCCUUUCUCAGAAGGCUAAUGCAAUCUUGGGGAUGCAGAAUCGUUUAGCUCUAUUUCAAAGACACCUCAUGGAGCAUAAUGUCUUAGCACCGGACAACCACUGAUGUGCAAUGGAACCAAAAUGGAAUAUCAUUCAUCCUUUGGUGAUCCAUCCCUCCGGCAAGGGUGUGUUGUUUGAACUAUGGCUAUUACGCCUCGGCUUCAUAGAGGUUCAAUUCUCUCCGCCCCCAAACAAGCAUCACCGUGGAGCGGCCCCGGAAAAAAAAACAUCAUUCUUUCCUCUUUGUUAAGUCAAUUCGCUUCCUGUCAGGGGAUUGUCUGGUUGGUUUUGGAAGGCCUUAGGGGAUGAAGUUCGUCCUUUUUUGGGUCAUGUGUAUUUUACACAGACUGGAAAUGUUGUGAAGGCUGCGUUAAUGCAUACAUGAUACAUGGUUACAUGCCCCUUUUUGGAAACAUACGUAUACUUCCUCUGUCCCAAAAAAAAAACAACACACUUCACUAUUAAAAAAUUACGAAAACAUUU